UCCUUCAAAUCAUGGACAUAGCAAGGACCUUAUAUAGAGUACAUCAGUGUUCUAAGUGUCCGGGGGACACACGGUACUAUUGUGAAUCAUGUCUGGAUGAUCUGUGUUCCCAUUGUAAAGAGAACCAUGUAAAAGAUAUCCAAACAAUAAACCACAAUGUUGUGUCAUAUCGUGAGAGAAUGAAUUCCAUCUCAGCAGAGAUCUGUAUGAGACACCCUAGUAAUGUUUAUAAAACCUACUGUGAACUUUGUCAUGUUCCUUUGUGCGAUUCUUGUAUUGAGCAUAUACCACACAAAUUCCCAAUUUCUCUCUUUAAAAAAAGACGACACAGAAUUAGAAGAAUACAAGAGGGAUAUAAAACAAAGCGACAACAACACAGGGGAACAAUUCAUACUAUCAGAAAUGAAGCUCUCUUUUACAGACUAGUUCUUCUGCCAGGAAUCAAAGCUGAUUUCCAAACAUGUCGAGUAGAAUUAUCCAUCUAUCAGUCAGAGAUGUUAGCAAAGGCACAGAAACUGAAGCAUCUUAUUGAUUAUAUACAAAACGAUUUCAUGUGCAACAUGUUUUGUGAUUUUAAUUUCAAACACAGAUGUUUAAAACAAAAGAAAGAAAUGGGCAAACAAUGUAUCAGCCUACAGAGAUAUGUACACAGAUAUGAACAGUCAUCAACUAAUCCGCUAAAAUUCCUCUCUUCCAUAAAAUCCCAUUUCUUCAAGAUACAUCUUACACUCCACACAAGUCAGCUCUCCAUGACUGAGUCACUCAAAAAGGAGGAUGUGCUUAAGUCACUAAGUGAAAUACAAAUCAUAGAGAAAGGAAACCGACGCGCAGUAAACGACUGUCAGUUGAAACUGAUGUCUGGUCCUGAUUUACUUCAAUCUCUUACAGUGAAUGAUGUCCGUCGUUGUUUUCACAUUUCAUGUGUGAUAUCAGGCCAAGUCUGGGUCAGUGAUGAUCAACAUAAUUUUAUUUUGACAAACACAGUAGGAUUACCUCUACAUAGACUAGAGGAUUUUUGUAAUGAUUCUUGUUUAUAUGGAUUCCACACAGUGAACAGUGAGAGUGAACUGUUUUACAUAAACAGAGAUCAUAACAUAAACAAACUAUCAAAAGAUUUGAAAACAAGCGUCACAUUUAUCCAAAAAGCUAACUCUGGAUGGAGACCAUUGUGCGUGUAUUGGUCCCCGUCUACUGGGGAUCUACUGGUCGGGAUGUAUAACUUUGAUACAGAUACAGGCAAGGUAACCCGUUACAACCAGCGCGGCCAAUUAACACAGACCAUACAAUACGACGACAAAGGACCGGAGCUGUAUACUGGUCCUAUUUAUAUAACAGAGAACAACAAUGGAGAUGUCGUGGUGUCUGACUUUGACUAUAAAUCUUUGUUUAGGUACGGUGCUGUAGUGGUGACAGAGCGUCAAGGAAGACAUCGUUUCUCCUACACAGGACAUCCUUCAGAUUCAGGACUACAGCCACGUGGAAUCUGUACUGACGCGCUAUCACACAUCCUGAUGUGUGAUGAUAGAACCAACACAGUACAGAUGCUUAACAAGGACGGUCAGUUCCUGUCAUAUUUACUGAUAAAAUCACAAGAACUGGGUAUACCAUACAGCCUGAGUUAUGAUGUUAACACUCAUCGUCUCUGGGUUGGAUUAUGGAACAACAACAAAGUGUAUGUCUACAGGUAUAUCACAGAUCAAAGUCAUGUGAUGCAGUCACUUGACAUGGUAAUUCCAACCACAUGGACAGAAGGUCCAAUGCAAGGAAACAAGUGCCAACUGAUGCUGAUGUCUCCUCCAAAAUUGCUUAAAUCUUUCACACUGAGAGAUAUCCGUGGUUGUUAUCACAUUUCCUGUGUGACACCAGAUCAGGUCUGGGUUAGUGAUAGAGAACAAAAUCGCAUCUUGACAAACUCAACAGGUGUCACUCUACAUGGUGUGGAUAAUUUAUGUAGUGGUUCUUAUUUCUAUGGAUUGCACACAGUGAACAGUGAGAAAGAACUGAUUUAUAUAGAUAGGAAUUGUGAUAUCAAGAAAAUACCAAAGGAUAUGAUAACAAGCACUACAUGUUUACAGAGCACAGACUCUACGUGGGAACCGCGUUGUGUGUACUCGUCCCCAUCGAGUGGCGACCUGCUGGUCGGGAUGUGUUGCUUUAAAAUGCAGACAGGGAAGGUAACCAGGUACAACCAGAGUGGGCAACAGACACAAACGAUACAACACGACGAAACCGGACUUGCACUGUAUAGAGAACCUCUUUAUAUAACAGAAAACAUUAAUGGGGAUGUCGUUGUGUCUGACUUUGAGUCUGGUGCAGUAGUGGUAACAGAGUGUGGAGGUAGACAUCGUUUCUCCUACACAGGUCAUCCUUCCGGAUCAGGAUUAUGGCCAUGUGGAAUAUGCACUGACGCACUGUCGCACAUCCUGGUGUGUGAUUUGAAAACCGAUACAAUACAGAUGAUAGACAAGAACGGCCACUUCCUCUCAUGUCUACUGACAGAAUCACAAGAGAUAGGUGAACCAUGGAGCCUGACUUAUGAUGCUAACACUCACCAUCUUUGGGUCGGAUCAUGGUGGGACAACAAGCUGUGUAUCUACAAAUAUAUCACUAACCAGGACGACGAAAUGACAGAAACUGAAGAUUAAAGUCCGAAACCUAAUACAUUGAGAAAGUGGACAGAAAAUGAUACUCAG